AUGUCCAUUGGUAUCCCCCACUUUCUGCCCCUGCAAACAAAGCCGUUGAGAGCUCUCUCAUGCUGCCCCAUGCCGACGAGCGCGCCUGCUAUGCGGCGAUGGCGCACUCCUUGUGAAGCGGAUCCGAAAGCUGGGAGUGAAACAAAAAUCAGGAGAAAGUCAUUUCUCCUGAAUUUAGGACUGUUUAACACGGAGAAGCCUGAAGAUGCAUUAGAACCGCUCGACUCGGACACAUCCUACACCUUCAUAUGGGAUCCAGCGAGGCUCAUCCGCCCAUUCUUCCUGGUCCUCAGACUCAUCUCCCUGCUCGAAUGCUAUCCAAUCCUCAAGGAACAACAUGUUGCGAUCCAACACUUAGCAAGCCAGAUUCUACGAGGCGACCUCAUACAGUCAGUCAGCAGCGCGCAUCAUCUUUUCGCCGUGACCCCUUUCUACAUUCUCAAGAUAGAUCAAAAUUCCCAUGAGCAACUCCCGGACUCAUCCGCCAACGGACCUGCGCAUUCUUUUGCGCAAGACCUCUGUCCGUCGACUCAGGAUUGCUCCUUGAAGACCCUCCACGGAGAGUCUGCGCACAGCGGUAGUUUCAAUCAUCCUGCACAAUCCGAGACGAGUGAUCUCCAAUCGACUAGCUCUAGUCAUGGAAACUCACGAAGAACGUUCACGCGACCAUCUACACAAUUCGAUGAUCAGUCAGGCCUGAACCAGCCAGUUCGCAGGCAACCGCGCGAGGAGGUAAUGAAGUUAGUCAAUCACCACCUAAACAAGAACCCACAUCUAUAUCUAAAACCGGGAAUUGUGGACGCUAUCGUUAAUGAAUGGUCAACAUGGGAUGCCCAUUUCCCCAUGACGCAGGCAAUCUCGCAUGAGUUGGAAACAUCAACACGGGCAUCGUUGGCGCAGUUGCUGUUCUAUAUCCAGGGAGAGCAGAAUGCUACGUUUUAUCGACAAGUCCGAAUCGUGGUACUCUGUGAAGUCAUUCUCAAGGGGAAUGAUCUGGAGCCCGAACGGCGCAGUGAAGACAGCAGAGUGAAGGCUAAGACCCUCAUACUGAAACAGCUGCGGGAAGUGGGAGCUGGAAUGUAUCCGAGAUUGGCUGCAGCCCAUCAGCUUCCGAAUCAAUUCAUCUGGACUGCUAAUGAAUACAAAACCGCACAAUGGGCAGCGCAAAUGAUGGCGGAUAGUGGGAUCACAUACAAGGAUCUUGAUUCAUCAUGGUUCGUGCAAGCAGCCUCCGCGAUGAUCUUGAACAAGCAUAACAUCGGCAUCGCGCUCUACAACGACGAUUCUGACACCACAGAAGAGGAGGAAUCCGCCGAUUCCGCGACUGCAGAUCGAACGACGGAGAGGUCGGCAGAAGAAAAUUCCGGGAUUCUUCCAGCUUCCGUUAAGUCUUUAUGCGCCUUUUUGUAG